AUGCCUGCCACCGUCACGGAAAAGUCCCGUGACGACGAUGAUGACGUGUGCUUUAGUGUGACACUGGACACCGUCGUUACGGACCCACAUCUUCAUGCAUUGUACCUUGAAUACCUUUCUACGUCUGACAAGAAGGGAUUUGCUCAAUUACUUUUUCUCGUAAGUGUCGAAGAAUUUAAAAAAGUGUUUGCAUCAACAGAUAAUAAACAUUCGGGUGCGUCGUAUGACGAGAAUGAUGAUGAUCCACAAGCUGAACGUCGUCAAUAUGCACGUAAAAUCAUUGCUAAAUUUCUCAGUCCUGAUGCAUUUAUGGACAUUACAUCCGAGAAUCUUUGUAUUUUGAACAAAUCAGUUGCAAGCUUUGGAAAAUUGUUACGACACGAUCUCAUGUUAUAUGCUGGUCUAGCAGCCAAGACGGAUUUGUUUCAAGAUGCUGAAGUAGCUGUGAAAAAGGCUCUUCAGCCGAGUUUUCGACGAUUUGCCAUGACGUCGGAAUUUAGAGCACUUGUAACGAGUUCUCGACUUACUUACGACACGGUGGACGACUCGGUGACGAGUUUGGAGGAAAUCGACAUGAUGCAGCAACAAGUGGAAGAAGAAAAGUCACCGGGUGUUUUGACGGAUGCAAGUCUGAUGUCGCCGGUUUCGUCAGUAAUUAACACACCUACACGACACUCUCGUGUUCGAAGACAACGUACAGCUACGACAUUUUUGACAUUGGAACGUGUUCUUGGUAAUAGGAGAUUGUGUAGUGUUUUCUGGGUCUUUCUAUUCAAGGAACGGACGCAUCAGCAAUUGAGUCUGUGGAUGGAUUUACGAUAUCAAUUGCUGCCUAUUCUGGAAGACUUUAUCCACGCGGCUAAGACCGAUACAGAAGAUGAAGACAGGAAGCAACAGGAAAACGAUCGACAGAACGAUACUGAUGCAGAAAAAGCUGGAGUACUCAUUGAACAGGUUUUGGCAGGAGGCAGUCGCAUUGCAGCUAAGUACCUGACUGAAAAUGCCAGUACGCGCGUCACAUUUGUCGGUGAGUUGGAGCAGGCUCUACUACGUGAUUACGAGUUGCGUUUAGAAUGUUGUCAAGAAGCUGGCAGCUUUUCGCUGGCUGACGCGGAAGUCCUGCACCGAACAGUGGAGCGAAUCCAAGCCGUUAUUGAAGCAGACCUUAAAGUCAAUCACUUUGUGCGCUUCAUGGGCAGUGAAUCAUUCAAGUCAUUGGUAGCAUCUUACCAGAGUCGCUUGCUCAGUCCGUCCGGAUCAGUUGAUGUUGACACAUCUGUGGUGUGCGAUGGCUCGAGCACAGCUUCCGACAGCAGCAUGACGACGCUGCAAGAGUUGUUUCAGUGCAUGAAUGUUCCGUCGCAUCAACCACAGCGAGUACGGAGUAAAGCUUUUACGUUGAAAGACCUCUUCCAAGGCCAACUUCGUGGCGAAUCACAGAGCAAGUCACUUAUUAGCUCUGUGAUGAGCUUCCGGCUAGAUGUGAAUGACCGGACCCACCCAGAGAUUAUCAAGGAGGUGCUGCACACGCUUGCGGAUCCCAACAACCAUAGCGAGCGCAGCAGUGAUCUACACCACUACCACGCAAUUCCGGACCAUGUAGAAGCUUUCUUUCAACCAUCGGGGGCAGACGUCGUGCGUUCUACAACUCGGCCAGAGCCCUCACUUUUUCACAUGACGAUUGGAAAUGCUGAUAAGGCGUUUUAUGGUGCCUGUCUUACACGAUACGUUCCUUUGAACGACAUGAGCAAGCUAGGACCGUUGGAGCAAGUGUUGCAGGAGACUGAGGGCCUUGAAGUAUACGUCCCUGCGGGAAUUUGCAUCAUCAGCCGGUAUCCAAUUCUUGACACGCUCAAGCAGCGUUUGGACUCGCUGCACACUGCAAUGCAGGACAACGAGGCAUAUCUCUCCAACGUGAACUGGCUGCCUUCUGCAGUACAGAUGGCUAAUUUGCUUUCCCCGUUCGACUUUGCUGCUGCAACAACCAUCCUUGACGACGCGAGAUCCAUCUCGGCACUUGAUAGCCACGUUGAUUUCAGCAUGGAGGAGCUGUUCAGCUGCUUAUCGAUCGAUCAUGUGGUUGCUUUGGUCACGUGCAUGCUUCUCGAGCGGCAAAUCGUGCUUGUGAGCUCGCAUUAUUCAGUGCUUACAUCGGUAGGCGAGACAUUGAAGAGCUUGAUUGCCCCGCUACAGUGGUGUCAUGUGUUUGCACCCAUUCUUCCAAAGAGUAUGCUUGAAUGCUUACAGUGUCCUACACCGUAUUUGUUUGGUGUACAUGCAAGUUACUGUGAGGAGUUGCGCGAGAUGCUUGACAGAGAAGGCUGCGGCGACGGUAUUGUUGUGGUGGAUCUGGACGCAGACACAAUCAGCUCUCAGGUGCGACCACAGCUUCCCGAGUCUGUUCGUGGUCCUCUUACCUCGCGACUUCUCCAGUUACUCAAGCCCAAAGUUUACUUUAGUGACUUCGUGCCCAUGCUUAGCAGCAAGAUCGAUGCUUCGAUCGCGCGAUGUUUUCCACAAGGCCAUGUGCGCAUGUGCUUUCGAGAGGCAGUGGCAGUUUUGUUACGCAAAGUAGAAGAGUUCCGAUUUGUGCUGUCGGACGAUUUUGACUACGUUGUGGUAUUUGAUCGGAUCGCAUUUUUGCGGUCCCUUCCACCGUGUGAGCGAUCGUUGUACCGCAGCUUCUUGGAGACACAGGUCUUUUCGCAUGAGAUUGCAUCGGUUGAUAUUUAA